UCCAGUUUUGACAGCAGGGUGAAGUCAGAGAUGUGACUCUUGUGAGCUUAAGCUUUUUCAAAGCAGCGCACGUCUAAUCUGUGUCCUGACCAAAGGAGGUGUGUGUGUGUGUGUGUGUGUGUGUGAGUGAGAGAGAGAGAGAGAGAGAGAGAGAGAGAGAGAAAGCGGGAGAGGAGGGAGAGAAAGAAGUGAGACACUGAAGCAAACAGGGUGAAGAAGAGAAGGAGAGAGGGGAAGGACUGUUUGUGUGCCUGGGUGCUGAGCAGCAGCAGAGCAGCUUAGAUCCGGACCAGAGGUGACCAGGGCUCGGGGUGAAGGUGUGCGCGCGUGCAUGUGUGAGUUUGUGUUGCGCGCCUGGAGGAGAGACUGCAGGAGCGGGAGGAAAAAGGUUCUCAACUUCCCUCUUCCUCUCUGCGCCGCUCUGCCCUGUGUCGCUCCCUGCGUAGUGCUCCUCUUUCCCUUUUUUUUUUUUUUUUUUUUUUUUUUACCCCGGGACACAGGCAGCUGCUGCCGCUGGUAGUGGUGCUGCUGCUGCUGCUGCUGCUGGUGGUGGUGAGAUGUGAAGAGGCUUGAAGUAUGGCAUGCAAGGAUGGUUUCUGCCAAGAAGAAGGAGAUGGUGACAGCGAUGCGCCCCGCGUUUACUCGAACCCUCUUCUACUUUUUCUGUUUGCUGACUUGUAUGAAGAAAAUCUCUGCGCAGACAAGAAAGGAUGAAAGGAUCUACCCGGAGAAUUUCACUCGCAUUUUGGACCGACUUCUGGACGGCUAUGACAACAGGCUGCGACCUGGAUUCGGAGGUCCUGUGACUGAGGUCAAGACUGACAUUUAUGUGACAAGUUUUGGGCCUGUCUCAGACGUUGAAAUGGAAUACACGAUGGACGUAUUUUUUCGCCAGAUGUGGGUUGACCGGAGGUUGAUGUACGAGGGCCCGAUAGAGAUUCUCAGGCUGAACAACCUGAUGGUAACAAAGGUGUGGACACCGGACACCUUCUUCAGGAACGGCAAGAGGUCCGUCGCUCACAACAUGACGGCGCCCAACAGGCUGUUCCGCAUCAUGAAGAACGGCACCAUCCUCUACACCAUGAGGCUGACGAUUAGCGCCGAGUGUCCCAUGAAGCUCGUGGACUUCCCCAUGGAUGCACACGCAUGCCCCCUCAAGUUUGGCAGCUAUGCCUAUCCUAAAACGGAGAUGAUCUAUACUUGGACCAAAGGGCCUGAGCAUUCAGUGGAGGUCCCUCCAGAGUCCUCCAGCCUCGUUCAGUAUGAUCUCAUUGGCCAGACGGUCUCCAGUGAAACGAUUAAAUCCAUCACAGGUGAAUAUGUGGUCAUGACGGUCUACUUCCACUUGAAACGUAAAAUGGGCUACUUCAUGAUUCAGACGUAUAUCCCCUGCAUAAUGACAGUAAUCCUCUCCCAAGUGUCCUUCUGGAUAAAUAAAGAAUCAGUGCCAGCGCGCACAGUUUUCGGCAUCACCACCGUCCUGACCAUGACGACACUCAGUAUCAGCGCUCGCCAUUCCCUCCCCAAGGUCUCGUAUGCUACUGCGAUGGACUGGUUCAUCGCCGUCUGCUUCGCCUUUGUCUUCUCCGCCCUCAUUGAGUUUGCCGCUGUCAACUACUUCACCAAUGCACAGAUUGAGCGCGCCAAAAAGAAGCCGGCCAAAUGUCCCCCGGGGCCCCAAUCCACGCCUGUCAAGGUCAAGGACGCAGAGGAAGUGCUGCAGCAAAAUCCUGAUACGAACGGUAAUCUGAGGAAGCGCAUGAAUUAUAUCUCCCACCAAGAGUCGAGCAGUCAACAGAGAGCCCACUCCACCACCAACAUUGCAGGAGUCGGGCGAGGAAGGCCGCUGCGACCUUUAGCAGGUGGAGCCAAUGGCAGCUCUUCCACCCUCUCCCGCUCCAGCCCAAAGUCUGAGAGUCUGCUCAGCGUUGCGUCUUCCUCAGCGCAGCUGGUGAAGAGCACGCCUCAGGCUGCAGCUUCUACGCCAGACGUGAUGGCGGGGACGCCGUGCAAGCAGAACGCCAGCACUUCCUCUCUGCAGCAUCUGCUGGGCCCGAAGCUGGAGCGCAUCCAGAUGAUGGGGAACAAACUGGAGCCGAAGCAGACGCCGUGCUCCCAGCCCACCACUGCUGGUAUGGGCGGAACCAGUAAAAUUGACAAGUAUGCACGGAUCCUCUUCCCCGUGUCGUUUGGUGCAUUUAACAUGGUGUACUGGGUGGUUUACUUAUCAAAGGACACCAUGGUGGCUAAAGGUGGCUAGACGUGUCUUUUAACACAUGGGAAGCAAAUAAGGAUUACUGGAGUUUGUGAACAUUAAGUAGAACGUGUUGUUUUUGCCAAACAGAUGAACAAAAUGUGCCCAUAAAGCACUUAAGAAUACAUUUAUUUUUUUCUUCCUGAGUCCUGAAACUGCAAGCAUGGGAACAAGCGAACAAAAUUAGAAAAACCUGACUCCACAUAAGAAGGAACACCUGCACACUGGAGUAUGCUACUGUCCUCUUUCUAUUACAUCGUGCUUCAUCUGACUGAAAGGUCCUCAUCGGCUUCAACUGAUCUCUUCUGGCCUGCAGUCAAGAUAAAGCAUGGAUUUUAUUCAUUUUCCUAUUUUUGUACCCUGCACCUGGCAAGAUGCGAGGACGUGUGUGCCAUUGUUCUGAACUCAACUGCAACAACACUGUAAAUAUAUAAAUUUAUUAGGAUAAACAGAUUUAUAUUUAAUGAAUACAGUUUACUUCCUUUUGAAUAAUUAAGACGUGUCGCUUUUGGUGCCAGCAGGUUAGAGGUUGCAAAAUUAAAACAGAAUGGAAAAUUCUUGAAUGUUGGCCAAAAGGGUUUGAAACUAAAAUGGAUUUGGCCAGAAUGAAAGUCCUCAAACCAGGCUGAGUGGAGCUUUGGCCAGGACCUGAUCAACCAUGAAAAGCUUCUCUUGUAUAGUACCUACUUGCAAAGCAUCUUUCACAUGCAAGAAGGAUUAACUAAUCUGAAAGAGCGAAUAUGAAAUUUGUGGAUAAGUCGGGCAGAAAAUAGUAAAGACAAGUUAUUAAUUCAUGUAACAGUAGGCUUUAAGCUUCUUUCCGUAACAGACUGCGGAAUAGCAGACAAAGAUUGUGUAAGUGAUUAAAAAAGAGCCAUAGCAUGAACAAAUACAGGGAGCAGAACACAAAGCCAUUUGCUCGUAGACCACUGUGGCAAUAAAAUAAUGAGCUGGUUGUUUGUUUCGAGACAUUUCGGCGUGCUCAACAAAAGAAUGUGACUCAACAGCAGCUCCAGGGGAGAAACACAACAUCUUACUGCUGUCAUCCACAUUCUUAAAUGUGUUUCCGUGCACUUUGAUUUUGGGCAUAAAACAUUAUUUAAUUACUCUUCAUGGGAAAGAUCUCUCAUGUGUGUCUAUGGAGCACACUCAGCUCCUAUCAAAACUACAGCAGAUACACAACACGUCGAGCACGUUUUGAAGGUUGAAAUAACUUUUUCUCUUCUGUUUGGUGACCCCAGUGUCAGCUGACACACGGCUGUUGGUCACUAAGCUGACAGCUAUUAGUAGGUUAUGGAAUUUAUUAGUGUUUGCAUUGAUAAUUGUCGAAACAUUGAUGUUGCCUUGGUUGAAAGAUAUUAGCGAUUUAGACCACAUUCAGAUAUGGAAGAGGUUGAUAUUUAUCUGUUGUGUCAGAUAGUUAAUGUUUAAAGAUAAUGACGAAUCAUUUUUCAUAUGGGGUAAUCAGUUUACGCCUAAUUUACUGCAGCUGCAGUUUAUUACCAACCAGAAAACGAUUGUACUGAAAAUGAGAGUGCAUAUCUUUGGAAGUGUAAAGGCCUUUUCACACAGGUGCGCUUGUGCUGUGGUGUGGGCGAGCCAUAGAGAAGAAUGGGUUUUAGAGCAGUUUUCACAUUGUAUGGGAAGGGUCUUAAUAAAUUCUCCUGUCGUUCUGAAUUAAUGGGAAAAUGUGUAAAGAAUCUUACUUAAGAUUAUUUUCAUGAGUAAUAUUGGCCUCUACUCGGUUUUUAUUUCAGUUCAGGUCUUAAAUGCUUCGAGAUGCUGGCAUCUUCGUGCAGAGCCCCCAUGUACUCAGGCUGAAAUCCAUUUUAGUUGCUUCAUCUCAUAUCCUGAAACCAGAUCCUUUCAAGUGAUCCUGUAAAAACACUGCAGUAUCAAAAAGUCAAAGAUGCUUCAGGUCAGCAGAGGCUGUUGUGAUAUCAGGAUUCAUUAAUUCAGAAUUAGAUGUGCUGAAGAAUAAACACUUUGAAAAUAGUGGUCAUAAUAGCGAGGACUAAAGCCCUUUACACACCGGACAUGUAAAAUUCAAGCUAAUAUUUCGUGCCUUAAAAAUGUGUCUCACCUUUUUUUAAUGCAGCCAUUCACACCGACCGCGUAAUUUUUGUAUGACAAAUUUGGGGCUUUUUUUUUUAAACGAGCUAAAUUUUUCAGAUCCAAAUAAACAACAAGCGUGCUCGUAGUUUAAAACAUGCACCGGCUUGAUGAUGUCAGCUUCAUGUUUUUUAAAAAAUUCAUUUUCUGCAGAAAUGCUUUUGGUGUGUAUAUCCAAAUGUGUGAUCCAAACUUGCUUCUUUGCAAUGCGCUCGGUGCGUAAUGGCCUUAACUCAGAACUUGAGCUCAUCUUAAUCUGCACACUGGCUACUUCAACACUUGCUAAAGUAUUGUGUUUUAAAAUAGAGAUUUUCUGCUUUCAUUAAAAAAAUCUGUGCAUACAAGCAUUGAUUUGAAAAUAAUGUCCAUCCACAUGACAAUGCUGAAAACAAUAACAAACGCAGUCAAAAGCACGGCAGAGCAGCAGGUGCAGUUAUUACCCUGAUCUAUAAAAAUACUGGCCAAUCAGAAUCUUUAAUGGAACAACUUUAUUAGGUGAACAAAGAUGGGGCAUAGCAGAAGUGAAUGUGGAAUGUAGAAGUCUCCGUCUUUCUAAAAACACAGGAGAGUGGGUGUGUGUGCAUGUGUUAGCAUCUAAACCUGCAUAAAAAGAUAAAGCAAUAAUAUUUUGUCAUGCAUGAACACAGCACACAGUCUGAUGUAAGAGUUAAUAAAAGGCAAACACCAAGUUUCAGAAAACUCCAUUUUCAGUGACAUAAAAUGUGGACAAAAGGCCAAAAUGGAUAGAAAAGGCUAGUUAUCAAAACAACUGUGUUGGGUUCAUUUUGAGAGAGAGAGAAGACAAAUAUGCUCAAAGUGCAUUUUCUUAAAUUUAUUUAGCAGUUGAAGGUUCAAAAAUGUCUGCAGUGUCUCUCUGCUCGCUCAGGAGACCCAAACGAACAAAGAGCCGCACACCCGGACAGUGAAUGCUUUUUAUUAUGUGUGAUAAACAGGACACUAAGGUGAUUGGUCAAAAGUUCUCCUUGUUUGACUGAGAUCCAGUACUUCGGCUCACGUUUCUUCUUCUCCAGCUUUCUGGGCACUUCACCCUCCUGCUAGCAACACUCCCGUUACCAUGACAACCCCCUCUUACCCUCCGGUCAGACCUGCAUAAAGGCGGAGCUAGGGUGCUUCCAUAAGAGCAGACUUAUGAUCCUGUUGUCUUGUAGGUAUCACAACCUCCAUCCACAUUCUUGUGAAGGGGGUCUUGGUCUGUUAGACUGUGUUAGACAAAACACAAAUAAGUGAUGCUACUUAUGAGAUAUUAGCCUUACAUAUAAACAUAAAUCCCAACACUAUGUGUAGAAAGGCCCCAAAAGGUAACCAAACGCAGCUACUUGCUCGCACCGACUCUUUAACUUACUCCACUAAACAGAAGCUUGGAGGUCCGUUAGCCAGGCUAGCUGCUUCCAGCUCUUUCUGGUUAUUGUGCUAGGCUAAUCAACUGCUGGCAGCGUCUUCAUAUUUACACUUCAUGUGUCUAUAAUCACUUUCAACUCUUUGGUAAGUAAUGGAAAAAACAUUAUUUCCACAAGUCAGAAAUGUCUAAACUCAGCUAUUAGCUUUUACACAUGAUAUAUAUGUGCUAUUUUUUUCUUUUUAGACAUUUUGAACCCUCAAUAUUAGUAUUAGUGCUGACACAUUUUUGUACUGUUUUUGUUCAAGUAGUAAUCACAUUUGGAGGAAUGGAGGUCUUAGUUGUCAGCUACCAUUAAUCCAAGCACGAUGCUGAUAAAGAGGAGCUUGGUCAUUUGAGAAGAGGUCAGAGCAGAGCUCCUAAUCUAAAGGAGCCAGCUGAGGUGCUUCAACAUCUGACCAGGAUGCCUCCUGUGCAGCUCCUAGGUGAGGUUUUGUCACAGCAGCGUAAGACCAUGGAGCAGAUUCACAACAGACUUAAGAGAUUACAUCUCUCGGGAAGAGAAGAGGGAUAGAGGUGGACUAUCAAUCCAAAUAUCAAUAGUAUCGAUACUAUCGCUGGUAUUGAAUUGAUACUAGUGCAAUAGGAUCGAUAAUUUGUUUCUAUCCUCUAAGUUCAGUCCACUGAUUUGUGUUAAAUAAAUAAUUUUUUUGGAAAUUAAAAAAUAUACCUGGAACAUGCACUAUGAACCUUUUUGUGUUUGACAGUCACGUCUAUUUUAUCUAUAGCCUAAAACACAUUUAAACAACAGGAGCUGAUCCAAGGUGCUUUAGAGACAGGCACAUUUACAUAAUUUGUACAUUUAUAAAUCAUGACGCACCGCUCUGCCCUAAUAAGCUGCCAUUUAGGUUAAAAGUAUCAGGAUCGAUAUUGGUAAAGGCAAUACUGGCCCUGUAAUUACUUGUAAUUGGAUCAGUACCAAAACUUGCAGUGUUGCACAGCACGACUGGGGGAGUGGGCAGGGAGCCGCAGACCCAGAUAAGUGGCAGAAAGGAUGGAUAGUCCCAAGAAACAGACUAAUAAAAAAUAACAAAAUAAACCUGAAACUUACUGGAUGGUCUGGACCAGACAGUAAAUCCAGUGUGCUUCCAGUGUGAUCAGGACCUUGGUGCAGUUUCAGCCUCUGCUGACCUUUAGAGGUGAUGAAUCUGCCGGUAAUUGAAUCCUUGAAUAGACAAAGGACACCAUUAUCUUGAUAACACACAGCACCACAGCAGAAGAUUGCCCUCCCUGCUGUCGGGUGUUGCUGUUCCCUAACUGGCUGAUAGAGGUGAAGCAGGGGAUGUUUUGUCAUUGAGCGCCUCGUCUGGACAAAACUGACAUUCGGCGAUGACGCUGCUAAAAAGUGCACAGAAGAAGUCUAGAAAAUAUCAGAAAAUUACAGUUAUGGUCCAUAAUUAAGCGCUUUAGCAGAUCCUUUUUGCAAAUAAAUAAUGUGUAGGUUAGCGUCAUAAUAGGAAGGAACAGAGGUGACUCAUCUUGAAGAGUCUAUAAUUAUAAUGUACGAGAUCUCAUUUUAUAUUUUCAUAAAAGAAGCAGAAAAAUCACACUUGAUAGAUAUACGUAUGGUUCUUUUUGGCCUAUUUUUCUUCUUGUUGGAGAAACUGGAGGUUAAAUAGUUGGCGGAUGAGCUCAGUGUCACUUCUGCAGAUAAAGAUGUAGAGGGUGUGUGUGAGUGUGUGUGUGUGGGGGGGGGUUUUCGUGAUGUAGUUGGUGCCUAGUUUCUUGCUCUAACAACCAUAUCAUCCAUGUAGUCAUGGUUGUUGGCCCUCGGUUAGUCUAACAGGAGUUAUGAUGCUGCCACUGCAACGAGAAUCGCGCAGGCUGAUGGACAGAUCAAGAUGCCCGGCGCCACUCACCUCUCCUAAAUGCAGUCAAGUGUGAAAUUGAUUUUGCCGUCAUUACCUCCCCAUUGGUCUCUGCUCCCAUGCUCUCCCCAUUCCUCUCUGUUUGCCACAACAGGCUACAAAAUGAAUCUCCUCAUAAAAAAACAACAAAAACCCCCCACAGACCAUCCAUGUACCAACGAGGAGCCAGUCAGCAACAGAUUGAUGGUCAGUGUAAAUAUGCUGUAUCUCUGCGCUUCUAAAUGUGUGCAUGAUUGAUGGAGCAGCCGACGCCAGGUUGUGGAUUUUCUGUUGUUGUUGGUUUAUCUUUUUUUUUUUUCCAUAAACGAGCAGUGCUAGACGACAGUCAGACAAGCUCGCUUUGCCCCUUUCAGAGUUUACUCGUAGGAUUUGUGGGAAGUGUGAGCACUCCCUGAGCUCAAACUCCCAAAUGAUCAUCAUCAGGCUUCAUGAAAAACCACACAGUGCAGUUUAACUGGGCAAAAUGGUAUAUUUAUUGUGGCUUCAGAGCACUUUUGAGGUAAAACAUGGCAUCACGCUCCCUCUAGUGGCUCAACUGAACCCACUUUUAUUUUCUACACAAACUCACAGAGGAUCAGGCAGCCCUCUGCUUACUGAGUUAUUAAGUUACAGUAAUGAGCAGAGUGAUGAGACGCUUUUCAUGAAUGUGGACACUUUAACUCCUCGCAGAAAUCAAAUGAAAGAUUCUCUCUGUCCCCAUACGUUUCCAUUUUUUUUGACUGUUGCAGAUCAUUUUCAAAAUAAAAGUACUACAUGCUUCCUUUACUGAUACUCUGCAGAGAAAAACUAUAAAUAUAUUUAACAAAAAAAUGCAAUAGUUCAAAGGUCACAUGUGUGAUAUGUAAUAACAUAGACUGUAUGAUGUUAUUGGGUUGACGUUGAUGCAUUGUUGUUGUAGCUGGUUUCACUUAUUUUCUUGCACUUUUAAAGAUUUUUCUUAUCUGUAACUUUUUGACUGACCUCUCAGGUAUUGAUUUAAACUGAGCCAUGUGAUAGGAAUUAAGAUUUGCCGAUAAUAUAACCUUGAAACGUGAAAGGGCUCAGAAUGAAAGGGUUUGAGUCAUUAGUAACUGUGCUGUACUGCAACACUCUAAUAAAAAGCUGUAGUGAAGCAAAAAUCACAAUAUUCAUUUGAGAAACUUGUAGGAACCUUUAAUUCUAGCCUCCUUAGCUAUUCCAGUCAUAUGGAACUGAACAUGUCUGCAGCUCAGCUUUAAGGCUGUUUAUUGUGAGUCCUCUUUAAUGCAGUAACAGGGGAAUUAAAUUAAAGUGUCCUUUUUUCAUGUUGAAUCUGUCUUAUUUGCAUCAACAUGAAAUAUUAUUGUAUAAAAGUCUUACAGUCUUUUGGGUCCAUUUGAACGAGUUCAUGAAGGACCGUGCACUCACACACUGAAGAAAGAGACCCCACCAUGUAAUAUGUUGUGUCUAAUUCCUGACAUGAUCCACUAGAGGGAGCAGCGUGCCAUGAUUUUCUUCACUUCAGAACACAGAUGGUACUUUUAGAUGGGCCGAGGUGCAGCGUGGACAAACAGGGUGAUUUGGUUUUGCUUUAGUGUCUAAUUUCUGUGAUUCUAAUGGGAGAGAUGUACUGAUAGCAUUUCACUGUGCUCAGCAGAAGCCACACUCUGAGAGUGGUUUGAUUCCACCAGCCUAAUCAUUUAUUUCAUUUCAUGAGCCACUCUCUAGAGAUUUGCAUAAUAACAAUGAAGGUCUGCCCUCCAUGUUAUUAUUCUUAUCACUCAUCUGUCGUUGUAGAUGAGAAUCCUUCAAAUCCUGCAGUCAAGGGGAGGCGGUGAUUCAGGGUGGGCAUCUCGGGUUGUUUGAUGUAAAUAGAGCACCUUUGCAACCGGAAAACAACUGACUGACUUGUUAAGUCCUGGAUUUGGGUAUAUAUCACAGGUUAUUGGGUCAACCCUAAACUAAUGCCACAAGUAUGUCACCACAUCAGUAUCUCCAUUCGUUGGAUAGAUUUCAACUACAGAUUGUGCACUGACAGAAAUGUGCGCUGUUUUGUUGGGUGCUGUGUUCAUCACAUGUGAAAUCAGUGAUUUGUAUUCAUCAUGAUCUUUUCUCAUAUUCCUUUGAGCACGCUGCUCAUGCAGCCUGUGUUUCAUUCGUAAUAAGGUCUCACUUAACCCAGUUUCUGGACUACCACAGGCCAAGAUAAUUAACAUGUAGGCCCUUGGUAGUUAAUAGGAUAAUACAUUCUCAUUUGUAUUAUACUUUCUAGCACCCGUGCGAGUAAUUUGGGCGGUUAUUAAUCUUCCCGGUGGAGAAGGACAGCAUGAUUCCAACUGUUUGGUGUGUCACAACACAGAAAAUGAAAAAGCCUAAAAAGUCCACCUCUAAUCUGCUGGUGCUGUAUGCACUCAUCGGUCUCAGUGAUGUGGAACAAGGAUUUCUAAAUAUUAUUUAUGGUAAUACUCCAUAACAGAAGUACCAAUUACAGCAAUAUUUAGACCGUUAUAUAAGCCACAAACAAAAGCAAUAAUGCAAAAGCAUAGAACAAGGCAUAUAUUCUAUACACUACCUUAACACGGCUUCCUGCUGCACCAAAGGACUCAUAAUUUUCUACAACGCCCUCCCAUUGUGUAAGAAUUUAGUCCUUUAAUCAGUCAAGCUCAUAAUUAACGACUAACAGACCCUUAUUGUGUUUAUAUUUGAUCAAAAUUUCAGUCGCACUGGAUGAGAUGAGUGAAACAGGCUUGUGAAACUGUGUAUUGUGUAAUAGUGAAGCCACCUUGAGUUUAUCUAAAUGGUGACAACGUACUGCGGUACUGUACAUUACUGUACUCCAACUUGAAGUGUUUGUCAUCCUGUCAGGUUGUUACAGUCAAUAUGCUGAUAAAAUAUUUUUUGAACUAACGUUUCAUUUACCAGUCCUUAUGCAAUGCACUGUUUUGGGCAAACACGAUUAAACAUGUUAGAGAAAUACUCACUGCAUGUUGCAGCUUUAUUUGAGGAAGUGGCAGUGAAAGCGUGUCGCGUGUGUGAUGCAGAAAGGAGACAAAGACCAUAAAAAGUGUAAAAGUCACUGUCCAAGGUUGAUGCUUAGCUAAGGGAACGAUUAUACAGGUAGACUAUUACAGGGUGCAACACAUGCUAAUAAC